AUGACAACUUACGGCGCCGGUAUCCCACGAGGUUACCAAACUCCCCAAUUUCCAGCAUUAUAUUGGCCAAUUCGCGCCAACCCCGGGGAGCCCCAGUACCUCUACCACUACACGGACAUCUACCUCUUUACGCUGUACUGGACGAUGAUUACCAUUGGCGCUGCACAUGUGUGUGUCGCAGCAUGGGCGGUGUUGAUGCAGUUUCACUCGGCGGCACAGAGCCGCAAAUACUUAUCCACAGCGGAGGGCAGGCGUCUCAGCGCCAAAAAUAGGAAACUCUUGGGUGAGAACCCCAUCGGCGAGACAUUGGGCUGGGUCUGGCUGGUGCCCGUCACAUAUAUUGUCCUCGGAGGUCUGGAGGCAUUGCUUGCAGGCACAUUGGUCGGCUUGGUCUUAGGGGCUGUCUACAAUGCUGGGUAUUUUAGGAUGAGUACGUGGACACCGCUAUUUUGGGGUGUCAUUAAUAUGUUGGUAUUGGUCGUUAGCAGCUUCAGAAUACAGGGAGGUCUGUGA